GAGCGUUAUCGUUUGUGUAACACGACUAUUUGUGCAGUCGCCCUUUUUACACACGGGAAGCGGUGGGACUGAGGCUCUUUCUGGAUCCAUUAAAGGUGAAUGUGAUUUCCAGAGGAGAAGAACUGAAGAACAUACAACAUGGCUGUAGCCGGAUGUCCGGAUUAUUUCUUACACCAUCCAAAUUAUCAGCAGGACAAUGUAGAUCGGGCUUCCAGUCACAGACCAGCGGAUCUAAUUGGGCCAAGUUUCCAGCAGUCCGCCAAUCGGAACUCUCCAAACCAUCAAGAGGAUGACGUGGAUCUGGAGGCGCUGGUUAAUGAUAUGAACUCCUCUUUUGAGAGUCUGUACUCUACGUGCAGUAUGCAGUCUGACUCUGCCCCCCUGCUGCACAAUGGCCAGGCUCAUCGCCCGACUUCUCACCCCCACAAUGCCGAGCACACACACACACACUCGACCUCUCCCAAACAGAGGCUACGCCGCUCCCAGCCAAUGCACAUCCUGGCAGUCAGGAGGCUUCAGGAGGAGGAGCAGCAGUACCGGACAUCCUCCCUGCCGGCCAUUCCAAACCCCUUCCCAGAGCUCUGCAGUCCAGCCAGCUCCCCCGUCCUCAGCCCGGGAUCCUUACCCCCGUCACAGCCCUCUGGGACAUACAUCAUAAAGAUCUUUAGCGAGGACGGGAUGGGGAAGGUGGUGGAGAUCCCUGCGGACAUGACGGCACGAGACCUCUGUCAGCUCCUGGUCUAUAAGAGCCACUGCGUAGAUGACAACAGCUGGGCUCUGGUGGAGCAUCACCCUGCCCUUGGACUGGAGAGAUGCUUAGAAGAUCAUGAGCUGGUGGUACAGGUGCAAGCCUCUAUGACUAGCGAGAGUAAAUUUCUCUUCAGGAAGAACUACGCCAAAUAUGAAUUCUUCAGAAAUCCCUUGAACUUCUUUCCUGAGCAAAUGGUGGCAUGGUGCCAGGAGACCAAUGGGCCCAUCCCUCCCUCCAAGCUAUUACAGAAUUUCUUAAACUCCAGCAGUUGUCCGGAGAUUCAGGGCUAUUUGUAUGUGAAAGAGAUGGGCAGGAAGUCAUGGAAGAAGUUGUAUGUGUUUUUACGACGGUCAGGAUUAUACUUCUCAACAAAAGGAACAUCAAAGGAACCAAGACAUUUACAGUUAUUAGCAGACCUGGAAGAUAGCAACGUUUUUACGGUUAUAACAGGGAGAAAGCACCAUAAUGCGCCAACCGACUUUGAGUUCUGUAUAAAGCCUAACAAAGUGAGGAACGAACAGAAGGAGCUGAGGAUGCUGUGUGCGGAAGACGAGCAGAGCAGGACGUGUUGGAUGACGGCGUUCCGACUGUUUAAGUAUGGAAUCUUGCUCUAUCAGAACUAUAAGAUCCCCCAGCAGAGGAAGACUCUGUUGUCUCAUUUCUCGACACCAGUGCGGAGCGUGUCAGAAAACUCUCUGGUUGCCAUGGAUUUCUCAGGGAGGAUUGGCAGAGUGAUUGACAAUCCUGUGGAGGCACAGAGCGCGGCGAUGGAGGAGGGUCACGCCUGGAGAAAAAGAAGUCAGCGUAUGAACGUCCUGGGUAGUCCCAGUCCACUACACCCUUCCUCAUUAAGCUCAGUCAUUCACAGAACUCAGCUAUGGUUUCACGGUCGGAUCACACGGGAAGAUUCUCACAAGAUGAUUAUGCAGCAGGGACAAGUCGAUGGGUUGUUUCUCUUGAGGGACAGCCAGAGUAACCCUAAGGCAUUUGUCCUCACACUGUGCCAUCACCAGAAGAUCAAACAUUUCCAGAUUUUACCGUGUGAAGAGGACGGACAGAUCUUCUUCAGCCUUGACGACGGAGCCACCAAAUUCACAGACCUGAUCCAGCUAGUGGAGUUUUAUCAGCUGAACAGAGGAGUCCUGCCUUGUAAACUCAAACACCCAUGCACUAUUGUGGCCUUAUGACCCUUCCAACUGACUUUGCCUAAGGACAGACCCUCUUUUUUAUGAGAAUCUGAAUAUCAUGGGUUUGUUUUUUGUUUUUUUUUUCUUUUUGUUUUUGUGGUGUGGGGGAGUGUGUUGAUGGAGACCACUCGUUGAAAAGCCCACUGCAGGAGAACCCUUAGUGUUACAGCAAGAGAGAGGACGGCAAUGCAAAACAAAAAGGACCAUGACAGUGUAACUCAGAAAAAGAAAGACAGAUUGCGUCUUAGUUGCCAACAUGCCUUCUUUUUCAGGCAAACUUGAGUUGAGUCAUCAGAUUUUUUUUUUUCUCCACCUCACACACAGUCGUCUGGACUGAUGGCUUAAAUCAGAUAAGAGGCCAGUUGAU